AUGGGCGCUGAUCCACCUCCGGAACCCACAGUGACAGUCACAGAAAAGUCGUCCACAUUCUCGCCUGUCAACAUACAAAUCCGCGACCUGGGAGUCACGCUGCAAUGGACACCUAAUCACAUUCACAGAUUGACUCGAUUUCUGACGGGCAAAUCUAAACCACAAGUUCAACACUCAAAGGUCACCCUAGAUGGCCUGUCCGUCGACAUCGGCGCAGGAUCGCUCACUGCCAUUGUCGGCGGCAGUGGAUCCGGCAAAACCACUCUCCUGACCGCGAUCUCGCGACGUCACCCAAACGCGACUACAGAAGUGAGCGGCAGUAUAACUUACAACUCGAGUCCUUUGGACUUCAGCAGCAACAGUCACAGUGAAGGCCCAGAUGUCGCCUACGCUGUACAGGACGAUGUGCUGAUUCCGCAAUUGACCGUCAGAGAGACGUUGUUGUAUGCUGCGAAACUUCGCCUGACUGCUUCCACAGAUGCCGCGCAGCGUGAGCAGCGAGUGGAACAAGUGAUUCAAGACCUUGGACUGGCAGGGUGUGCACAUACCCGGAUUGGAGAUGCCGUCCACAAAGGUUGUAGCGGAGGUGAACAGCGUCGAACCAGUAUAGCAGUGCAAAUGCUCACCGACAGCCCCGUAUUGGUCCUCGACGAGCCCACUACUGGCCUUGAUGCCUCGUCAGCACUACAAGUGGUGAGGAUAUUGAAGUCAUUGGCUAUCCGAGGCAAAACAGUUGUGAUGACAAUUCAUCAACCUCGCUCUGAUAUCUGGCCAUUGCUCGACAAUCUCAUAGUUCUUUCGCAGGGCAGACCAGUAUAUGCUGGUAAUGCAAAGGCGUGUCCAGCAUAUCUGGAAACCCUUGGUCAUCCGAUUCCCGAGCACUUUAAUCCUUUUGAGCAUAUCAUUGGACUUUCGUCCAUCGACAGCAGAUCUCCAGAACGGGAGGUCGAUUCGCAAGCUCAGCUGGCAAUGCUACGAACAGCAUGGGCGGCUAAGUCUGCUCAGAUAUAUGCCGUCAAGCAAUCUGACCACUCAGCCACACAAACGAACGGAGCAUCCUCGCCAAUCUUUACCAAGCCACUCCCUCGCCAGCGCUCGCGUUGCUCAGCUUUACAAAGAAUCCAGAUCUUGACACACAGGACUUGGAAGGUCACGUACCGCGAUCGUCUCGGCGCUACUGCAAGUAUAAUCGAAGCAAUCGUCUUGGGUCUGAUUACUGGCUGGACGUUUUUCCAAGUACCAAGCGACCUUUCUGGCAUUCGCACCAGAGAGGGAGCUCUAUGGGCAGCGACAACCAUGCAAAGCUACCUUGUUCUCAUCAUGGAAACCUACCGACUCACAAUCGAUAUCCAGGUCUUCGACAGAGAGCGCAAAGAAGCAGUGUCGUCCGCUGCCGCAUUCGUGGCCAGUCGAAGGCUUUCUCGUUUACUGCUCGAAGACAUCCCAGUGCCUUUCCUGUACUCAACUAUAUUCUACUUCAUGGCUGGCUUCCGUCACCAAGCUGAUCAGUAUCUGGUCUUCUUUGGAGUUGGGCUCCUGCUCCAUUUUGCCGCAGUCAACCUAGCAACCCUCUGUGUGGCCCUCAACCGUCACUUCAUGGUGGCGUCACUCAUCGCCAACUGCGCGUUCACCAUACAGUCCCUAGCUGGCGGCUUCUUCGUCAACACUGCUGAGAUCUCUGUCUGGCUUCGCUGGACGAAGUGGACUGCGUACACAUACUAUGGAUUUGGUGCCUUAUGUACGAACGAGUUUGCUGGCCAUUUCUACGACUGCCCAGUAUCAGAUGCGGACAAGACCUCAGCUGCUUGUAUCGAGUAUAAUGGCGAUUUUAUUCUCAAGUCGUUGGAUAUUCCCGCCAACUGGCUAUGGAAGCCGAUACUUGCACUUGUCGGACUCACUAUUUUGCUUGCCAUGCUGAGCAUACUUGUUCUGCACUGCAAGCAAGAGAUAAUACAGGUCUCCCGGCCAGCCGCAGAGAAUCAGAAGGCUCAGCAACUGUCAAUGGCCAGGAGCCGCCCACAGGACACCAAAAAGCGGUCAGUCAGCAUUGAGCUGCAAGACAUUUGCCUAGACCUGAAGCACGGACGAGGCUCCGAGAACGCGGUGUCUCAGCCAGUCAUCUGCAAUCUAUCGGCCAACUUCAAAGCUGGUUCGCUGAAUGCAAUUCUUGGCCCGUCGGGGAGUGGAAAGUCCACCUUACUGAACUUCAUGGCGAAGAGAUCGCUUGACAGAACUCAGCAAUUACACCACCGGGACGGUCGCAUGUUGUUGAACGGCGCCGAGGUCACCAAUGCUGUCCUUCGAUCUGUGUCAGCGUACGUACCCCAGGAUGACGCAGGACUCCUAGCUCUAUUGACGGUGCGUGAGACGCUUCGCUUUGCCGCCAAAAUGCGACUGCCCGCUCACCUGACGAAAACCCAGCAGUGCGAACGUGUCGAGUCGCUGAUCUCGGAUCUGGGUCUCAAAGCUUGCGCUGACACCGUUGUCGGCAGUGAGCUCAUCUUAGCUGAUCCAUUGGUCUUAAUGCUCGAUGAGCCCACUUCCGGGCUUGACAGUGUCACUGCGUCGUCCAUCAUUGACGUACUGGAGACCCUCGCGACUCAAGGCUGUACCAUCAUAUUUGCUCUGCAUCAGCCCCAAUCUGAAUGGCUGUCCCGGUUUGACACUACGCUGCUCCUGAGCAAAGGCGGAAAAGUUGCUUACUCAGGUGCCACUGAUCAGAUGCUGGAACAUUUUACCGACUUUGGCCUCACAUGCCCACGGUACCAAAACCCAGCCGACUUUGCGCUAGACAUUGUUACACAUUAUUCGUUACCUGCGACGGCGAUGCGACGAGGCCACGAGUCGCUCGCGUCCAACAGGAAAUCUGCAACGAUCACAGCAUGGCAGGAAGGCUGUUACACACCUGCCCUGCUUGAUCCCAGCUCGUUCUCGACUGAUUCAGCGCCAGCGAUAUCUCAAGCGGCUCAACUCGGUGCUUAUGCCAGACAGCCACUUUCCAUCACGAAAGCGCUUCCGCUCCUUUUCCACCGAUCUAUCACCUCGCUCCGUCGCCAACCAACAAUUGCGCUAGGUCGCACCUUCCAGAUCAUGGGACUGGCAUUCACGAACCUCAUCUUCUUCGCACCGCUCCAGAACGACUAUUUCUCCGUACAGUCCCGCGUGGGUGUCAUACAGACAGGCGCAGCGAGCCUUUUCGUUGGCAUGCUCAACGCGAUCGCAUUCUUCCCACCAGACCAAUCUCUCUUCUACCGGGAAGAGAUCGACAAUCUUUACUCCCCAGAAUCCUUCUUCAUAAGCUAUACCCUCGUCGAGCUCCCGUCGGAGAUUGUUGGCGCUUUGCUUUUCGCAAUACUUAGCGUCUUCGGCAUAGGCAUGCCUCACACAGUGGAACUGUUCUUCGCCAUGACGCUCGGCGCUUUCUGCGUGGUCAGCUGUGGUGAGAGCAUCGGCAUUGCACUCAUGACCUUCAUCUCCCAUCCUGGUCUUGCUGUCACGGCUUCUUGCGUCUUGGUCUCCACCUUGACCAAUCUUGCUGGCGUGAUUGCAAUAACCCUUCCAGGGGGCCUCAAGCAGCUGAGCUACGCCAGUCCGUUGAAAUGGAUGCUGGGCGGGAUCGCCCCCUAUGCUUUGCGUGGGGUGGAGUUCAGCUGUAAAGAGGAACAGCAUUUAGCGGACGGGAAGUGUCCCAUUGAAAAUGGGUCACAGGUGUUGGAGUUAUAUCAUCUGAAUGUCAAUCCGGGUGUCUAUCUUGGUGUGCUAUUUGGUGUCACCGUUGCAUACAGUACGCCUCCUGCGUGCACUGCAGUCGCUCUCCCUACAUCCUCAAUGCUCCAGCACGUCACUCCGAUCUACAACCAGAACAACAGCGAGCAGCCUCCUCUGUUCGAGAUCGCAAAAGACACAAUUCCCUUCGCUACCAACGGCAAGCUCUCUCCGCACAUUCACCACCACACGGCCACACCACAGCACCCUAAACCAGCUCCGCCACAAGCCCCGAACGGCCAAAAAAGCACGCCGACCCAUCUCACCCGCCAUGAUCAACCGCCCCGAGCUGAAAGGCGUAUGCUUAAAAGUCGGCAUUACGAAACCCAAGAAACCAAAUUCGGGCCAGCGAAAGACCGCUAA